GUCACGCUGGAAAUCGAAGGACGCAUCAUUCCCAACGUGAAGAUGCACACAAGAGGCCAUUCUUCGGCCAUGUUUCCGAAGCACCAAUUCGGGCUUCGAUUACCCAAGGCCAUCCCUGUGCUGGGCAUGACGCCAGCAAGGACCUGGGUUCUGGCUACGUCUUUUGUUGACGCCUCGUUUCAGCGGAACCCUGUGGCUUUCGAUAUUUAUCGCCAUCUCGGCGGAUGGGCCACCGAAACUGAAUAUGUCAACGUUGAUUGGCAUGGUCAAGACUAUGGCUUGUACUAUGUCGGGCAACGAAUCAAGUGCGGCCAGGGCCGACUAGAUGUUUGCCACCGAGACAAAGAUCCGGCAGCUUCUGGCUUUUUGCUGACCAUCGACUGGGCAAAACCUGGAGAUGUUGCAAUACAAAGCAAUGUGACCUCGACCUUCUUCAAUGUGCUUUACCCCAAGGGAGCGUUGACCUCGCAGGAACACAGCUUUCUGGUUCGCCUCAUCAAUGAGGUUGAUCUUCAAGUAGCCGGUUUGUCAAAGCAUGACUAUUUCAGCAAGAUCGUUGACUUUCCCAGCUUUAUUCGUUACUUCAUCUUGGAAGAGCUUGCGAAGGAUGUGGACGGUUAUGCCUUUUCAAACUAUGUAAAGAUCAAAAACGGGGUGCUGUUCCAUGCUGCGCCAUGGGACUUUGACCUGGCCUUUAACUUCGCUUGCAUGCCGAGAUAUUUCACCAAUGCGCUCACUGGGGAGGCUGAAACUGGUGUGCGUGGGUGGAAUGUGGAAAACUCUCGAAGCGAUGCUCUUUGGAUCGGUCCAAUGGGAUUUCCUGGCGGUAGUGUGCAAGAGUUCGGCAUGAACAAGCGUCAGCUCUUCCUGAACAUUUGGAAAUACCCUGGCUUCAAGGUUGCCUUUGCUACUGCUUGGCGUGAGGCGCGCCAGCGCGCACUGGGAGAUGAAGCGCUAGUUUCAAUGGUAGCCCAUCGGAGCCGUGUGAUUGCUACUUCAGCAGAAAGAGAUUUGCACAUUUGGCGCCACGCUAUGCUACCAACACAAGAUACCAACCGCUGUGCCUUCUGGAAUUGUUGUGCUCCACAAGACGCACAAAGCUUUGAGGAAGCUCAAGAACACUUGACUUCGUAUCUUCUGGCACGAGCAAGGUGGAUUGAUGCCAAUGUGGACCUCUUGAACUAGCAGGGCUAGGCUCACCGGCAGCAGAACGCAGAACCAACAAGGUCUUUGAUCGUGAGUCGCCAGAGGCUGAGCCAACAAAAUCUCGCGGCACGCGAAAGAGGACUGGCUCUGCUCGAUGAAAA